CCCUGCGCGCGGCUCCGGCGGGGUCAGGCGGCGGCGGGAGCCGAGCGCAGGUGGCCCGGGAGCGGCCGCUCCGCUCCGCUGCGGGAUGGAGCGCGGCGCGGCGGCGCUGAUCCGCGAGGGCUGGUUCCGCGAGACGUGCCGCCUGUGGCCCGGCCAGGCCAUGUCGCUGCAGGUGGAGGAGCUCCUGCACCACCAGCGCUCCCGCUACCAGGAGAUCCUCGUCUUCCGCAGCACCACGUACGGCAACGUCCUGGUCCUGGAUGGGGUGAUCCAGUGCACGGAGCGGGACGAGUUCUCCUACCAGGAAAUGAUCGCCAACCUGCCCCUCUGCAGCCACCCCGACCCCCGCAAGGUGCUGAUCAUCGGCGGCGGCGACGGGGGCGUGCUGCGAGAGGUGGUCAAACACCCGACCGUGGAGUCCGUGGUGCAGUGCGAGAUCGAUGAGGAUGUGAUCCAGGUAUCUAAAAAAUACCUCCCAGGGAUGGCAGUGGGGUAUUCCAGUGCUAAGCUGACCUUGCAUGUGGGAGAUGGUUUUGAGUUCAUGAAACAAAAUCAAGAAGCCUUUGAUGUGAUUAUCACGGAUUCGUCUGACCCCAUGGGUCCUGCAGAAAGUUUGUUCAAAGAAUCUUAUUACCAGCUGAUGAAGACAGCUCUGCGAGAAGAUGGGAUUCUCUGCUGCCAAGGUGAGUGCCAGUGGCUGCACCUGGAUCUCAUUAAGGAGAUGCGUCAGUUCUGCAAGUCUCUGUUCCCGGUUGUGGAAUACGCCUAUUGCACCAUCCCCACGUAUCCCAGCGGGCAGAUUGGCUUCAUGCUCUGCAGCAAGAACCCUAACACAAAUUUCCGGGAGCCCGUGCAGCAGCUCUCGCAGCAGCAAGUAGAGGAGAGGAGUCUGAAAUACUACAACUCUGAAAUUCACCGGGCAGCAUUCAUUCUGCCAGAGUUUGCACGGAAGGCCCUGAGCGAUGUGUGAGGCCGAGAUGCUGCUUCCUUCCUUCAAGCUGGACUCUGAGAUCAUCAGUGAUGUGGCUGGGAUCUUCUCAGCAGACUGCAGAUUUGCUCUCCACUGUGUGGGAUUGUUUAACCCUUGGCCAGCCAACAUUCCCUCUGAUGUGUUAAAGAUGAUGGGGCAUAAGCCAGAUAAGACUAUUGAAAAGGUCCAGUGACUUAUUGCGUGAGGUCAAAACUGUUCUUUCCAGUGCUGGAAAUGUAAGAUGUCUUUUUCCUUUCUCUCCUCCCUGCACCCAUUCUAAAUUCUCCCAACCACACCCCACAUCCCCCCCAACUGACAUGAUGUAUUUAUAACUGACACAUAUUUCUGUCUGGUGGUCUGGGAAGAGUUCAAAGGGUCCCUGACUCAGCCUUAAGCACAGAGAGAGAGAAAGAGAGAGAGAGAGAGCUUUGUGCACAGUUAGCUCACUCUCUCCUCAUGGGAGCUUCCUGCUGCUGACACAUUUUGACUGGUAACAGGUCUGAGCCUUUGUGUCCCACUGCCCUGCUGUGACUCCUGCACUGCUCUGCAGCACAGCUGGAGAAGUCACAGUGCACUGUUGCCAUUCACAAUAGGUCUCCCUCCAACCCUGAUGGAGUAGCAGUAUUAAACACCAGCCAGGCAGGCUGGCAGCAGUCUUGUGGCUUCUUUUUUGGUUGUUAAUUUUUAAAAUUGGUCAGAAACAGAAGUGCUGAGGUGCCAACAGGCUGACUCCUGUUCUUACCUCUUGCCCUCAAGGAGGUUCCAAAGAAUGUUUAUCAAUAUGGUGAUAGGUGCUUUAUAUAUAU